CGCGUCUCGCAAUUCGCGCAGUAAAUUGUGAGUUGUUGCGUACGAUCCGUGUACGGAGCUCUUGGGUUUGCGAAGCGACGCGCGCGCUAUUGGUAUUAAAAGAAGAGAAAAAAUCAGGCAGUCCGCAUUCUUGCUUCAUAUAUAACAGAAUAUUAAACAUUUUGAUACAGAUUGUACGCGGAAAAAGAGCGUAGCCCGGUUUUCUUACGGUACGACGCGCGCGCCGACUGAACGAUUGCCUUUGUCUUCAUACACACGAGAUAUUUGAGAGUAAUACGUAAAGAAUUAAAAAUGUCAGACGACAACUCGCCUGUUGUUGAAGAACAAAAGAAAAAGCGUGGUAGACCAGCAAAAACAGAUAAGAAUACUGUUAAAGAACCUAAGAAGAGAGGCAGACCCUCUACUGAUAAAAAUAAUGCAAUACGCACUGCGAAAUCUGACAAUGAAGAUGAUGCAUCGCCUGUGCCUGUUAAAAAGGGAAGAGGGCGACCAAAGGGAUCACAUAAAAAAAAGCAAGGUUCACCUAAAGGAAAUCCAUCGGGACGGGGUCGUGGUAGACCCAAGAAGAAAGAGGAAAAACCUGAAAGUACUGGAGAAGAGGAAGAUGAACAAGAAGAGGAGGAAGAGGAGGAGGAGGAUAAUUGAAUGUAAAAAAAUAAAUUCAAUGUACCAGAAUUAUUCUUUGAAAGUUUUUAAAAAAUUGAUAAGAAAUUUAAAACUUUUAAGUUUGCUUUUUAUAUCAUAAUCUGCAAAACGAAAUAGUAAAGUGGUAACAUAUUACUUUAAAAAAAUGGUGGAAAGAAAAAGAGAGAGAAAGAGAGAAUAAACUGCUCAUAUUCCAAGGAAGUUGUAUGAAAAUAUGAUUUAUAAUCAACAACAAAAAAAAAAAAAAGGAGUGGCAUAGAAACCUUGGUUGAAGAUCUGUAAAGCUAUCUUUGUAGUAUUUACUUUAUGCAUUUUUAUUACGAUUAUUAUUAAUAUAAUUAUUAUUAUUUUUAUUAUUGUUACUAUCAUAAUAAUUUUAUUUUAAUUAUCAAAACGAAAUAUACAAGUAUUUUAAUGAAGAAAAUUUUAAAACUAAAAAAAUUAAGAUCUCAAGCUAACUUGGAAUUAAAAUGAUGAAGACUUUGGCUAACUUUAAAGUAUAAGGUACAUCAUGACCGUACAUAAACUAUAUGGUGUACAAUUAUAUCAUAUAUGUUACCUCUUUUGCUCCUAUGUAUGUACAUUUUAAUUCUGAAAGUCAAAGACUUCAUAUAAAUUUAAUACUGUGAGAAAUACUUCUUGUACAAGAAAUAUCCUUUUUUAAUUAUAUUUGAACAAGUGAACAUUAAUGUUCUUCAAACAAGCAUAUGUGUGAAUGUCAAAUUUGUAUUAAAAUAAAUAAACUCAUAAAAUGA